AUGGCUCAACACAGCGGUACCCUUACACGCUACCCUUACACCGUUACCCAGACCCUUCUCACUCAUCUGCCAUGGCUCAGUGGUAGCACACACCAUUCACACCAACGUUCUCAGGGGCAGCACACACACCAGCGGCGACCAGCGACAGCUCAGCCCAGUUCUCUAAGGACAGAAGGUGGUGGACCUCAGUGGGUUAGUCCCAUCGGGUCUCUUCACUCACCCGGGUUCAUGGGUUUCAUGCCCAAAUUGUCAGCUUUGUCCUUGGAGAACAACACGUUCUCGGGCAUGAUACCGAUCCAAUACGCAUUCAAGACGUUGGUUCCGGUUACAUUUAGAUUGGGUGUCCUUUAA